ACACACACACACAUGCACGCGCAUACACACACCUGCUACUUCUGCCUUCUGGCUUUUUGAUUUCUGGUCCCACUUUCUUGCUGCUUAAUUCUCAGGAAGAAUUCUCAGCCCCUCUCUCAGGAUCUCUGGCCAUUUGCCCUGCCCAACACCCAUGUUUGGGGGCCCCCUAAAGCAAGGAGGUAAAUCAAAGCCACCUGGACAGCCAGAGUAGACACGUGGGGUCUCCCGCCUGGCCUGAGUGCCUGUUCAGUCAGUCUAUUGGCAGAUGAUCCUUGCCCUACUAAAUGUCACUUUUGUCUCUUACCCCAACCUGGAACCUUUUUAACACCAAAGGCUUUGCUUCCCCAUCCUGCUGUCACUGGGCAUGUACCACAGGACUUAGUUUUCUUGGUACCAUGUCAGUACCAUCCCUUGAUAGGUAACACUCACCCCUUGUCCCCAGGACUACGUGAACAGCCAUGCUUCUCCUGACUUCCUUAGUCUCGGGAGGGCCAGGACAGGACUGAAGCCUGAUUUGGCAGAUGAGAAAGCUCUGACCUCUGAAAAUCCUGGCCACCGUGCUCCAUGCAGAGUGAGCUGCUGAGGAAGACAUCGCAGUUUCACCUGGACUCUGCUCCAUCCACACUUGCAAGGGGAGGGGAAGGGAGAGCUGUUUGCUUCUGCCGUGCCCUCCAUGCAGCUGCAGGGUGAGAUGGACCUGGACUGUGCUUCCAGCCUGACAAGGACUUUCUUGAGAGCCUUGGGCCUGAUGAUUGGGACAUCCCUACUUCAUGGAGGAGGGAAGACUUGUGAAAUUGUGCCAGGCUCCCUGAGGCCACGCAGCAGCGAGCUCUGCCGGCACCCAUCUGAGCCAGGAAGGUUGCAAGUGACUCAGGGCUGGGAGCCAGCAGCAAUGGGAGCCAAGGGUGGAGUGGGAGCCACAAGCAGGUAUAAGGGGUGGCCAGGGAGUCAGCUUCAUCCUUAACACGGAGAACAUGAGGCUUCUCUUCUGGUUCCUUCUGGCCGUGGUCUUGAGCAUGGAGCUAGCUGUAACACGGGGCAUGCGGUGCCACCUGUGCAAAGGCUUUGGAGGAUGUUCCAAACCAUCCAACUGCCCAAGGAGCACCACCCACUGUGUCAUCAUUGCUACCCGAUCUCCCAUCAGCUUUACAGACCUGCCUCUGGUGACGAAGAUGUGCUACAAUGGCUGCCCUGAGGUCUCCAAAUUGGGCUUGGGCCCUCAUGUGUCCCUCGCUUGCUGCCAGUCCAGUCUCUGCAACAGGGACUGACCACACUCUGUCACUACCAGCUGGCCCCACAGAACCAUGCUCAGGCCUGACCCUUGGAGAUUUUCCAACCUGGCCAGCCCAAAGCAUCCCACCCCCGACUCAUGCUUCCUCAGGAAGUUCUAAGUGAAGUCCUGUGGUACAAACUUAAGGCCCUAAUUCACUGUGGGCCAUUCUCAGUGUCAACAAAUCUCCCAAUAAAA